AUGUACAUGGAUCCUUUGUAUCCCCACAAUCAGUUGAUUUUGGGAGAUGGGGCAAAAAUAGAAGGCGUUUCAACCCCAGUUGAAUUUUUCAAUGGCCUUUACUUUUUAACACUAGAUGGCAUUAGCGUGGGAGACAAGCAACUUGAUAUUGAUCCCCAGACAUUCAGAAGAACAGCAUCAGGCAAUGGUGGAGUCAUAAUUGACUCUAGAGCAACAUUAACUUACCUAGCCAGAGGUGGGUUCGAGCCACUUAGAGCUGAAGUGCAAAGAUUGGCAGAUGGGUUGCUACAACCUGUGGAAAUGCCUGGCUUAAAGGUCCCCUGCUACAAUGGUGUUAUUGAGCGUGAUCUUGUGGGGUUUCCAUGGGUGGUUUUUCACUUUGCAGGGGGGGUUGAGUUGGGGUUGGACACAGAAAGCAUGUUCGUGGAGAUUACUUCAAAUCAAUUUUGUAUGGCUGUGAUGCCGAGUGAGGGAGGAGUUGAGUAUUAUUGGAGUAUUGGCUCAGCAGAAGUAUAA